AGAUUCAAAACAAAUAUAAAUUUAAUGCUGCCUGUAGUUUCUUGGUAUUUGUCAGCAUAUCCGCCAGGUGACGAAGAGUCAGAAAGAAACUAAAACGUUACUUCAAACGCUUCCGUUCAUUCAUUUUGGUAUUUUGGAAUACCUGAAACAUGCGCACUUUCAUGUCAAGGGCAGUGUGAAGUGUUUUGGUCUUGUUGACCGUAAAAUUUACAAAAAUGCAUAAACUGAAGUCUUCACAGAGAGACAAGGUCAAGAAAUUUAUAGCAUUUACCCAGACGGGAGAAAAUACUGCUAUAUUUUGUCUGUCUCAGAACGACUGGAAAUUAGAUUUGGCUUCAGAUAAUUAUUUUCAGAAUCCUGAUUUAUACUACAGAGAACCAAAGAUUUCAGUUGAUAAGAAGAAAUUGGAGCAGCUUUUUGCAAGAUAUAGAGAUCCUGGUGAACCGGAUAAGAUAACAGCAGAAGGAAUUAUGAGGUUUUUAGAUGACUUAAGUUUAAGUCCAGAGUCUAAGCUUGUUCUGAUCAUUGCGUGGAAGUUCAGAGCAGCCACACAAUGUGAGUUCACAAGAGAUGAAUUCAUGUUGGGCAUGACAGAUAUAGGUUGUGAUAGUAUUGAAAAGUUGAAAGCAAGACUGCCUUCGUUAGAGGUUGAACUGAAGGAUCAGUUCAGGUUUAAGGACUUCUACCACUUCACAUUUAAUUAUGCAAAGAAUCCGGGUCAGAAAGGACUUGACCUUGAAAUGGCAAUUGCUUACUGGAACAUCGUCCUGCAAGGAAAGUUUCGGUUUUUAGAUCUCUGGUGCAAAUUUUUGCAGGAACAUCAUAAAAGAUCAAUUCCAAAGGAUACGUGGAAUCUGCUGUUGGAUUUUGCAAUGAUGAUCAACGAUGACAUGUCCAACUAUGACGAGGAAGGAGCGUGGCCCGUUCUCAUCGACGACUUCGUCGAGUACGCGCAACCGAUGGUGUCGUCUUCGGCACCUCACAGCACGCAAGUUUAACAGGACACAGUUGAUUAGGUGUAAUUAAAAAAGAGUUGGAACAAAAAAAAGUUAUGCGACCUGUAAUCUCUUAUUUCAUCACCGGACGCGGAACGCGGGAUUUAACUAUCGUCAUCGAAGGAAGAAGACGUCGAGACGGAGAAUUAUAUCACCAAGUGCGGUACUUAAAAUGCAAGCAUGAACAACUGGUUUAUAAGAUUAUUUUGAUUGAUUAAACCCCAAGUGCAGUGCAAGUAGGAGACAGAAAGGGUGUUAAACGGCAAAUCUCAUCUCAUACGGCCAGUGUCAGGUGAAAAGAUGUUUCUUUGGCACUGUGUGACGGAACAGGUCCUAAGGGCGCUGUAGUUGUGGCUGUCCUGAAAGUGUAGCCAGCAUCGCGAGAACUCUCGAACAUUUAAAAUGUUUUAUAUAUAUAAUGCGGAGAUGGCACGGGGCUCAAGAAUGUAACUGGAAAACUUUUUUAAUUGAGAAGAAAGAAUAAAGACUUUGUAAAUAAUGUAUAAAAUAGAUUAAUUAACUUUUUUCCUUUGUUUUAAAGUGAAAUUCGGGUUGCAAUGAACGCUACGUAGAAUAUUUUUUUACGUAGUGAGUGUGAUUAUCCGUUGUACGUUAUUAUUUACACAAGGAAUAUCUGUCCAUUAAAACUGCGGUGUGUUUCGAAAGAAACAUUUUCGUUCGUGUCCGUUCUAGUUUAUAUAAAUAAAACUUCUUUUUUGUGACGGAUACUGUUUGUAUAAAUUAUACUUUUGUAAAGAAAAUUGAAAGUGAGUUAUGUUUUUCUUUAGUUUCUGUUAUGAUGCCAAUAUUCAGUCAGUGACGACCCGCUCUCGUACUUAGAUUUUAUAAAAUGUGGAUCACGUGCGAAAUUGAAGAUUUUCAGACGCAAGUCGUAUACUAACGAUACUCUUCGUUUACUUUUGUUAUUUAAGACAAAAUACAAGUUGUAACAAAUGGACUGUUAGAAUUUUUGAAAAACUUCAGAUUGUAAGCAAAAUCUGCUAAUCAGAAUUAGCUUAACGAGUCACCAUAAACAAAUGAUAUAUCACUUGUGUAUUUAAAGAAUAUUCAAUAAAGAAUUUUAAUAAUAA